CAUACAGGUAUUUUGCUGGAUCAGUGUUUGUGUUUUUGUGUGUUCAUUUACAUACAGGUCGUUGAUGUGUUCAUCUGUGCUCCUGGCUGCUGAUUGGCUAGAACCAGAUAUCACAGUAUUGAUAAACUGUAUAAAUGCAUUCUGAAGCAGCUGUGAAAGAAUCAGGCAGAUUCUGCUGACAGGCCACAGAGAGUUCAGAAAGGUUUCUUGUUCUGGAUUUGAAGAAACUGUUCCUUAGAGCAGUCUUACUGGCUCUGGUUCAGUUUUAAUUUACAAACCAAACAGAAUUAAAUCAGUAUUUUAAUCCAUCAGGCCAGUGCUGCAGCAAUGCAUCAGUUCAUAUCCAUGAUGUUUUCACUGCUAGUCAUUACUGGACUGCAGGUGAGUGUUGAGUCCACAGGAACACGUUCUGAGCGAAGCAUCGACAGACAUUACAGAUCAGAGCUGACUGUGCCGAAUGGAGGGAGAUGGGGGUCGUGGGGUCCGAGGGAAAUGUGUCCAACUGGAACGUACGCCGCAGGGUUCAGUCUAAAGGUGGAAGAUCCUAUUCAAGGAGAUGACACUGCACUCAACGGGAUUCGUCUUCACUGCGUUGAUCUGUCUAAACUCGUCAUCAUCGGCUCCUCAAACUCGUAUCACAGCUACGCCUCAGUUCAGUCAGAUGUAGGCAGGUAAUGGGCUAAAGAGUCU